CUUGUCCUCUAAACGAUGUAGGGAAAAACUGUUGAAGUGACACAUUCUAUAUCCAGACAAGGGAGACCAUGGAAUAUAUAAUUGGAUUAAUCAUUCUCGGAGUCUUUGUUCUUUUCCUUAUUAUUGCCAUAAUAUUGCUGACAUUAUAUUUUCUUUGGAGACUUAAACUUCAGAAUGACAAAUUAUCAAAUAUCGAAAAAGCUUUAUGUGAAAAAGACACGCCAUUGCGAGGUUUAUCAACAAAAGUCGAGAGACCUCAGACGGACAGCGCCGUUGACGUCAGCGAACUGGACAAUACCCUUGGUUCUCUAAACAUGAGUGAUAAUGGUAUUUUUAGGAAUAUGGCGUCGACUCGUAACAGGAAUAAUGUGAUCAGUAUCAUUACACGGACUAGUAUCCACGCUUUGACCACAACGCCAAACAGAGGGCCUCUUCUUCCAUCACAAGUCGUGGACUUAACACAGGUUACCGAAAACAACCCAAAAAACGAACAGACUACGCCUGAUGACAUCAAAAUAAGUACAAAUCUCGCGGACGAGUUCAUGAAUGAAUACGAGAAGUAUUUCAAGAAAAAUGUUCAAGAUCGACCGACGUCCAUCCUCGUGAAAGCCGAGUCUGGUCGUGAAGAAAUUAAACACGAAUCGGGGAUGUUCGUACAUAAAGAAAUAGACACGAAGGGAGGUGAAAUGAAAAUCUCUGGGGUGACGCUCAAGAUACCAAAAGAUGCUUUGGAGAAAAAAACAAUCGUUACCCUAGGAAUAACAUGGGAAAAGAAUCUUUUCCCAGAUUUAAAAAAAGAGCAAGCUCUUUUAAGCCCUUUAGUUGUAUGUCAACCGUCAAUGUCUUUCAAGAAACCGGUAGAACUUACAUUUCCUCACUGUGCAGAUAAAAUAGAAACCAACUGGAAGUGGAAAAUAAUAAAGCGCACUGGUGAUAUAACACAACAAAGUGCUUGGAGUGACGUCACCCUUGAAGAUUACGAGGAACGCCGCUUAACGAGGUCUUCAGUAACAAUACAUCUUCGCCACUUUACCCUAUUUACACUCAUUGGAACAUCUCAAGAGAACCGCGUUGCUGCCAAAUCUGUUCAGAUAGUGGCCUUUUCUACUGUGCUACAGAGAGCUUCCCUAUUUACUUCAAAACUUUACUGCAUAAACGAUUAUGGUAGAGAUAUAAAGGAAAUCAAAGGCAGAGAAAGCGAAGUUAACAGGAAGACGGUAGACAGCCCGGUUCCACUGCUUGUGUACGACAAUGGGGAAAAUGUGGUGUUGGAUCACGCAAUGGAACCAGAGGACUGGAAGCUGAUGGGGAAUAAAUCAAAUGAAUUGGAUUUUGAAUUAGUAUGGCAUUCCUGCAAUCCGAAUUGUGCCUUUGCCUACAAGCCACAGUCCAACGAGGUCUCGAAGAUAAUGGUGGCGUACACAUGCUAUCAAAUCAAGCACGAGGCGAAGAAGUCUUGUAUUCAAAUCGCCGCCGAGUUGCCAAAGCUUCUUCCGACGCCGUUUGACGAGAAGCAGAGUGAAAUGACCAGAAAACUGGUUCUCUGUCUGGACCCAGUUUCCGACAACAAUGAUGACUGGAGGGGUCUGGCGGAAAAAAUGGGACUUAAAUUUAAUAAGAUCCGCUGGAUUGAAGAACAGAGUGAUAGUCCCACAGAACUGCUCCUAAACAUCUGGAGAGACAAAGGCAAAACUAUAGAGGAACUGAGAAACAUUCUAGUGGAAAUGAAUAGGACAGACGCAGUCUCCAUCAUUAACAAAUGUAUGGACAUCGACAAAAAGUGACUUUAGGAUAAAAUGAUGGUAAAAUUUAGGUUUGAAAGGAAUGUUUGAGCUUUUUAUUAACGUUGAUUGUUACAUAAUGACACGCCCAUUUCUUCAGUAAGGAGAAAGCUGUUUAGCGUAGAGACAAGAGGUCGGAGAAACGCCAGUCUGCACUGAGAGAGAGACCGUGAAUGUCGUAAAUUUUCUCACAUGCUUCAUUUGAAUACUUGUAGAAUAGGUAUUCCAAAAUACAAUAGCCAAUCAGAUUGGCAGUGUAUAUAAAUACUCCAAGGUAAACACGUGUUCGAUCCAUACACGUGGUGAUAACCAAUAAACAUGAAACAUAAAUGUAAUUAUGAACAUAUUCGUUGCAUUACAUGAGUGUUACAGAAGUCUCUCACUUUCUCUCCCAACUUUUUAAAGUCCCCAUUUCACUCGUGUUGUUAAUCACAGAGAGUAGGUUGUAGGGUGGCUUAAAGAAUUGCAACUAACAUUGCUUUCUCGUUUCAAAAGAAAUGGGUGUGUCAUUAUUACAGUUGACGAUCUGUAAGAAAAACCAAAUCGUUCCAUUCAAACGAAAAAUUUUACCACUUAAGUGCGCACCACUGUGGAAUUGUUAUUCAGUCUUAAGUGUCAAGUUGUAGAGCAAAACAACAGUAAGGUGGUCUGUUACUCAGAUACGGAAUGAAAAUGUUAGGAGGUAACGAGUAACCGGAAGUACUUCUUGCAUUUCAUGUCAGUGAAGCGCAGACGGUAAAGUGAUAUAGUAAUAAACUGAUUUCGAACAAAUAAUUAAUUAUACGCGUUUAUUUUAUUUAUCUCAACCUGCCCAUCAUUCACAAAAAUGACUUGCGUUAUUCAAUUUUAAGGUUCUUGUGUGAAAGCGGGGCGUCUGCGUGUAUCUAUCGGUGCAAUACAUGUAUAUUGAUAGGGAUGUUUGAUAUUAUUGCAUUGUAUACGUGGUAUACAUGUACUGCCAAAUUUCAGGACGAUAUUCUGUUGAAGUUGUGUAUUUUUGACUGCAAAAUUAUUUGUAAUAAUCAUGUUGAUUAUUUCAACAGUAUUUAAU